UAAUUUACGACAACGGCCCCAUUCACGGCACACGUGUAAACAGUCGUCCACUCCGGUGGUGUUCACGCCAGCAUGGCUAAAGUUUCUAAGAAGAAAGCGAGUAAAAAGAAUCUAAGGAAGAGUCCCGAAGUGACAGAUGAGAGCGCAGCGGUGAGGCCAGACGUGGGCUACGAUGAGGAGGAGGAUUUAAAUGAAGCAGAUGAAAAUAUCACAAGUGAGGAGGAAGAGGACGGCGGCGAGGAUGAACGAAAACGCCAAAAGCUGCUGGAAGCCAUCAGCGCUCUCGAUGGUAAGAGGAAGAAAAAGCUGGAAGAGAGAUCCGAGGCGGCCGUCCAGAUGUCUGAGUUUACUGUCAACGCGGAGGGGGAGGGCGACAAAAUCGAUCUGUCGGACCUCAUCGCGACCAUGGAAAAAAACCCCGCUUUCCCAACCAAGACCAAGAAGCAGCUGAAGAACCUGCAGCAGAGUAAAAAGACCAUCGAGUGCCCUCUCAGCAAGCAGGAGAGUGAGAGGAUCCAGAGAGAUGUGGCUUUUCAGAAGGCAGCCACAGAGGUGACCCGGUGGAAAGAUAUCAUCAAACAGAACCAGAGGGCCGAGCAGCUGGUCUUCCCCCUGAACCAGGAAACCUCUGGCCCUAAACCCAUGGAGAGGGUGGUGACCAGGUGGACGGCGCAAACCCCGCUUGAGCAGGAGAUCUUUGCCCUCCUGUCUACUAACAAGCAGCCCAUCAAUGACCCCAUCCUGACCCCUGCUGAGGAGGCUUCUAUGAGGGCGAUGAGCCUGGAGGAGGCCAAGAUCCGCCGAGCAGAGCUGCAGAAAGCACGGGCUCUGCAGUCCUACUACGAGGCCAAGGCCCGGAGAGAGAGGAAGAUCAAGAGCAAGAAAUACCACAAAGUGCACAACAAGGCCAAGCGUAAAGAGUUCCUGAAGCAGUUCGAUGAAAUGGUGAAGACAGACCCGGCUGCUGCCUUAAAGGAGUUGAAUAAGAUGGAGCUGGCCAGGAUGCAGGAGAGGAUGUCGCUGAAGCACCAGAACAGCGGCAAGUGGGCCAAGUCAAAGGCAAUCAUGGCCAAAUAUGAUGAGGGAGCUCGCAAAGCCAUGCAGCAGCAGCUGGAGGUGAACAAAGAGCUGACCCAGAAGCUGGUGACCUCACUGAAUAAUGAGGAAGAGGAGGAGGAGGAGGAAGCAGGCAAUGCAGAGGUGCUACCUGAUUUUGUAAAUGAUGCAGAGCAAGGACUGGAUUCUUCAAAUCCCUGGAUGAGAGGCAAGCUCUCUGAAGAUCCCACAGAGAAAGAGAUAAGUGACACUGUGGAUCUUACAGCAGAGCGGCCUGGAGCGGUGGGAAAUACAGUUGAAGAAGAGGAGGAGGAGGAGGUUGAAGAAACAGAAGAGGAAGUGCUCCUCAGAGAGUUUGACAGCAGGAGGAAACUGCGUCAGACUCAGGAGGCUGUCACAGUGCCUGUAAUGUCUGUGGAUGAUGAUGAGGAGGAGGAGAUGGUGGAGGGGAAUAAAACUGCAACAGAGGACCCAGAUGCUUCAGACAAAGAGGAAGAGGAGCGCUCAGAGUUCACAAGCCUUUUCCGAGGAAUAGCAGAUGGCCGUUGGGAGGCUGAAGCCAAGAAGGCUGAGGCAACAGCAGACGCAAGCCACAUGGACACUUCAGCUCAGCUGGAGGAAGGGCUGAUGAGGAUCAGGACUCUGGAAGACAUGGAGCUCCUCAGCCAGGAGAAGUCAGCAACUGAUAAAGCACCUUUGCAGCCCCCAGCCACAGAAAACCUGCCAUCUGCAACUCAAAAGUCAGGCAAAAACAGAAAAAGGAAGAGACAGAUUGAGCUGAAAGAAGUUCUCACCAAAGAGACAAAAGUCAUCCAAGUCCCACUCGCUCCAAUCAUCGAGGUCACUGAGGACUGCGAUGAAAAGGUGGACCAGAGGGGGCUCAUUAAAGAGGCGUUUGCCGGGGACGACGUCAUCUCAGACUUCCUUAAGGACAAGAGGAAGCAGGAGGACACAGGGAAGCCUAAGGUGGUGGACCUGACACUACCUGGGUGGGGCGAGUGGGGAGGUGUGGGCCUCAAGCAGUCCCGCAACAAACGCAGGAGAUUCAGGAUCAAGACAGCACCGCCUCCACCCAGGAAAGAUCAACAUCUGCCCAGCGUCAUCAUAUCGGAGAAGAGAAACAGCUCCAUCAGCCCCCACCAGGUGAACUCGCUGCCCUUUCCCUUCGAGAACCACGUGCAGUUUGAGAGCACCAUCCGCUCUCCACUGGGCCGCACCUGGAUCACCGAGCGGACUGUUAAAAAGAUCAGCAAGCCCAAGGUAGUCACCCAGCUGGGAGCCAUCAUCGAGCCCAUGACUCGGGAGGAGCUGAUGAAGGACAAGAAGCAGGUGUCUGCUGGGAAUAAAGAUAGUGUGGACUUUUCCAUGAGGAAAAGAAAACAUUAGCAACAACUAUUACUGAAAUGCUCACUGGUUAAAAGUAAAUAAAAAGAAAAACUAAACUACCCUAACAGGUUGUUACUAAUUCUCCACUACUUAGCUACUUUGUGUACAUUCAGUUCUGGGUGGGUCUGUAUGGGAUGAUCAAUCCAUGUUGUGAGAAUAUUUCAUCAUUUAGAGAGCUGAAAUUAUGUGUUUGACAAAUACUCAUCUUUUUUUUCUGGAGCUUUUCAAAUAGUAUAUUUGAUAAAAAAUGUUGUUAAAUCAAAUAUAGAUAGUCAACUAAGUAGUUAAGAAUAUUUGAAAUAAAUUCCACCUUUGGAGUUAAAGAUAUGGUUACAAGCUUGUGAGUUGAAUUAUUAACAGCUAUUCCUUAUAUGCCCAAUAGUAAGUUGCAUUACACUGUGUAGCUGUGUUAAUAGUUAUUGUGUGCCUUACACAUACCACAUUCAUCCUGCCUGUUGCUGACAUAUGCUGUAUUACAUAGUCUUGGCUCAAAGUGGUGCAGUGCAUUUAACUGCUCCCCAGCACACAUGCACCUACAGAGCAAGAAAAAUCUGAAAUGAAAAGUGGAAUUUUGUCAAGUUUCUGCCUCAAAUGCAAAGUUCUUAUGUAGUUCUAAGGUUUAGAACAAGUGAGAUUUUCAACCCCACAAACCCUGUGCUAGUUCCUAGUGGAUCAUCUAAAAUGCCCCAUUAAAUAAAAGGUCUACUAAAACUAAGGUAUUGGCACUAACAUUUCAAACGAUAACCCAACUGUAUUACAAGGUAUAGAGCUGAAACGAUAAGUCGAUUAAUCGAUCAAAUGAAAAUUAAUUGUCAAAUUAGUCAUUUAUCAAGCAACAUUCCCUGGUUUCAGUUUCCCAACUGUAAGAUUUUCUGCUUUUUUAUUAUGUAAUAGUAAAAUUCGUAUCUUUUGGUUUUGAACAAAACAAGACCUCAUGUUUGGCUUUAGGAAAUUGUGAUUGGUAUUUUUCCUCUAUUUUCUGUCAUUUUAUAGACCAAACAAUUAGUCAGUUAACUGAGAAAAUAAUUAAUCAGUGAUUAUUUUAUUGAAAAUAAAGGAUCUAAUAUUGCAGUUCAGGAUUAUAAAAAUCCUUAGUUGCAGCCCCAAUAAUGUAUACUGUUGUGUUGGGAAAUAUCAGCAUCAUUUUCUAUUCUGUCGCCCAACUACUGCAUUCACAUUGCUGUUUAAGGCUUUUGCAGUUACACACACAGUGGUAUGUGCAUUCACUUUACAUCUAAUAUUUUCCUGCUGUCAAUCAAAGCCAAACAUUUGCUCUAGCAUCCUGGUAUUUGAGACUUUUUUUUUUACAUCAUGUUGAAUAAAAAUGUCAUUGAAACCUA